CCUCCUCCUCCUCUCUUCCUCUCUGGUCCUCGCCUCAGACCAGACCAGACCAGCGAGAUGUCUGAGCGGAGGAGUUCCCCGGAGGACGACAGCGCGUCCCUGCUGUCCCGGCUGGGCUGUGACUCCCCCCGGCCCCGGGUGAAGUCCGGCGGGAUGUUCUGCAGCGUCGAGGGAGCCUUCGAGAACAAGACGCUCAACUUCCAGAGCUUCAGUCCGCAGACGCAGCGCCGCCGGGCUGCGGGGAACCGAACCGACGGCCGUGAGGCCGGGCAGGAGCCCGCGUGUCCCCCCGGACGCGCCCGGGACAUCUACGGCAAGAGACAGGUCAACCGUCUGAUUAUCAAAGGAGGAAAGAUCGUCAAUGACGACCAGUCGUUCUACGCUGACGUCUACGUGGAGGACGGGACCAUCAAGCAGGUGGGGGAGAACCUGAUGGUGCCGGCCGGUGUGCGGACCCUGGACGCAUACGGUCAGCUGGUGAUUCCUGGGGGGGUCGACGCCAACACCAGCCUGCUGGCCCCCCAGAGAGGCCUGACCCCCCCCGGGGGGUUCUCCUCGGGCAGCAGGGCGGCUCUGGCGGGGGGCACCACCACCAUCUUGGACCACGUGCUGGUGGAGCCGGGGACUAGCCUCUUGGCGGCGCUGCAGCACUGGAAGGACACGGCGGAGCAGACGGCGUGCUGCGACUUCUCCUUCCACCUGGACAUCACUCGCUGGCACGAAGGCCUCCACGAGGAGCUGGAAACCCUGAUCCGAGACUACGGUGUGAACUCUUUCCUCUUCUUCAUGUCCUACAAAGACAAAUACCAGAGCUCCGACUCACAGCUCUACGAGGCGUUCAGGGUCCUCCGGGAACUCGGAGCGAUCGCUCAGGUGCACGCGGAGAACGGUGACAUCAUUGAUGAGGAACAGAAGAAACUUCUAUCUCUCGGCAUCACAGGCCCUGAAGGACACGUUCUAUCUCAUCCUGAGGAGGUGGAGACGGAGGCGGUGUAUCGGGCCAUCACCAUCGCCAAACAGGCCAACUGUCCUCUGUACGUUACCAAGGUGAUGAGCAAAUCUGCUGCUGAUGUCAUCGCCAAAGCCAGGAAGAAAGGUAUGGUGGUGUACGGGGAGCCAAUCACUGCAGGCCUGGCCACUGAUGGCUCUCGCUAUUGGUCCAACGACUGGGCCACAGCAGCUGCCUAUGUCAUGAGCCCUCCCCUGAACCCGGAUCCUUCAACUCCACAGUACCUGACCUCUCUGUUAGCAUGUGGAGACCUCCAGGUGACGUCCAGCGCUCAGGCGAGCUUCUCCACGGCUCAGAAAGCUGUCGGAAAAGACAACUUCACUCUGAUCCCCGAGGGAAGCAGCGGCAUCGAGGAGAGGAUGUCCGUGGUGUGGGACCGAGCUGUGUGUUCGGGGAAGAUGGACGAGAACCAGUUUGUUGCCGUGACGAGCACCAACGCUGCCAAAGUCUUCAACAUCUACCCACGCAAGGGUAACUACUGA